CCCACACGCACACGAGCAGGCUGUCACACUUGCAGCCGGUACUUUUCAUUUCAGCAUCCAGCAUAUUUCGCAUAACCAACCGGUUUAAGCGAGCAGACAGACAACAGAUCGCUAGCGGGUUGUGCUGUUGCAGGCUGCAUUCCAUCCGCCAUUACGCCGUUGCCGUUCGAUCUAGUUACAUCGCAAAACCGCGUGCGCCAAGCCGACAAAGACUGGGCAAUGAAACUGUACGCUGUCUCCGAUGGACCGCCGUCGCUGGCCGUUCGAAUGGCGCUGCAGGCCCUGAACAUCCCGUACGAGCACAUCAGUGUCGACUAUGGCAAGGGGGAGCAUAUGACGGAGGCAUACGAAAAAAUGAACCCCCAGAAGGAAAUACCCGUUUUGGACGAUGAUGGAUUUUUCCUGAGUGAAAGCAAUGCCAUCCUGCAGUACCUCUGCGACAAGUACGCACCGACGAACGCACUGUAUCCGAGUGAACCGAAGGAGCGCGCCGUAGUAAACCACCGGCUGUGCUUCAAUCAGGCGUUCCUCUAUCCGCAGAUUUCGGCCUACGUGAUGGCGCCGAUCUUUUUCGACUACCAGCGUACGGAGAUGGGUUUGAAGAAGCUGAACAUCGCGCUGGACACGUUCGAAACAUAUCUGCAGCGUGGUGGAACGAAAUAUGCCGCCGGCAACGGUCUCACGAUCGCCGACUUCCCGCUGGUGACCUCUGUCAUGUGCCUCGAGGCGAUCGGGUUCGAUGUGCGCACUCGCUGUUCGACGGUGUACGAUUGGUAUGCCGGCUUCAAGCAGGCCCACCCUGAACUGUGGUCAAUCGCAGCCAAGGGAAUGGAGGAGAUCGCUGAGUUUGAGAAGAAUCCACCGGAUCUGAGCAGCAUGGUGCAUCCGAUUCACCCGAUCAGGAAGCAGGCCGCGAAGAAGUGAGCCCAAAGGGGAGCGGCGCCACGCCCCCGCAGAUUCGUCUCAAAAAAGUGCACGCCAUCAAAAGAGAACUGGUUUUAGGCGCUUUUUUUUUAAUCACAAAUAGAAAACGAUGCAAAAGCAA